AUGAGGGCUCAGAGUGAUCCGUGGUUUGCAGAUUAUUUGUUGCGCAUUGGUGGUGGAACGGAAGAGGUUAACGGAGAUGGCAAUGUUCGUAUUCUAGAUGAGAUCUGUAUCCCGUACUCUGGUGAUGCCGAGAAAGAUCUUCAUAGUCUGAUUGACAGCAUCUUCCCAAAUCUGAAUGCAAACAUGGCGGACAAAGGCUACAUCACCACCAGAGCGAUUUUAUCUACACGCAAUGAUUGGGUGGACAUAAUCAAUAUGAAAAUGAUUGAUAUGUUCCAAGGUGGUGAGACGGUGUAUCACAGUUUUGACACCGCGGUAGAUGAUCCACAUAACUACUAUCCAUCGGAGUUUCUUAAUAGCCUGACCCCCAACGGGCUGCCACCACAUGUCUUGAAGCUCAAGCUCGGGUGUCCUGUCAUAUUGCUUAGGAAUAUUGACCCCGCCAAUGGGUUAUGCAAUGGUACAAGGUUGGUGGUACGGGGGUUCCGAAGAAAUACAAUCGACGCUGAAAUCGUUGUUGGGCAGCAUGCUGGGAAGCGGGUAUUCCUUCCUCGAAUACCGUUAUGCCCGUCUGAUGAUGAGAUGUUCCCAUUCCAGUUCAAGAGAAAGCAGUUUCCCAUCAGGCUGAGCUUUGCCAUGACGGUCAACAAGUCACAGGGCCAAACCAUCCCGAAUGUGGGUGUGUACCUGCCUGCACCGGUCUUCUUUCACGGCCAGUUGUACGUUGCGAUGUCUAGAGCCACAUCAAGAAUAAAUAUUAAGAUCCUGGCCCUACCAGCUGAUGCAGAGGCAUAA